GGAGGCGGCGCCUGCAUUAGUUAGUUCAAAACGUCGGACAAAGAUACGCACAAAAAAAGUAGUUUUUUUGGGGGCUGUAAACGAGACAGGGGACAUGCAAUAAGCUCUAUGAGGCAGUCGGUGCGCAAUUCACGUCCGUCAUAAUUCUCUUGUAUGUUCCUGGAGCUAGUAGGAGAACACGCCCGCUCCGGCUGAUACACAGUGCGCUGCGCUGCGCUCUGCUCUGCUCUGCCAGCACUGACCGUCCGUGGGACGCGAUUAUAAAACUCACUCCUUCUUUUUGUUCCGUUUCUGACCGUGCGGGAAUAUGAACAAGCUAUACAUCGGUAAUGUAAGCGAGCAGACGAGCGCGCUCGACUUGGAAACUAUCUUUGAGCAGUGGAAGAUACCGUUCAGCGCGCCCUUUUUAGUCAAAAGUGGCUACGCGUUCGUGGACUGUCCCGACGACAAGAUCGCGAUGAAGGCCAUUGACACACUUUCAGGAAAAGUAGAACUUCAUGGAAAACUUCUAGAGGUAGAACAUUCAGUCCCCAAACGCCAAAGGAGCUGUAAGUUGCAGAUAAGGAAUAUCCCCCCUCACAUGCAGUGGGAGGUGUUGGAUGGAUUAUUAGCUCAGUAUGGCACUGUGGAGAAUUGUGAACAAGUCAACACGGACAUGGAGACGGCCGUAGUGAACGUGCGUUAUGCAGAUAAGGAGCAGGCCAGACAAGCAGUUGAGAAAUUGAAUGGUUUCAUGAUGGAAAGCUAUGCACUGAAGGUCUGCUACAUACCAGACGAGACUGUUCUGUCUGAUCCCCCAACUCUGGGUGGCAGGAGAGGAGGAGCACCACGUGGCCCCCCGCGCCAGGCCUCACCCUCUCUGGGAACUCGCCCUAAGCUGCAGUCUGACAUUCCGCUGCGCAUUCUCGUGCCCACCCAGUUUGUGGGCGCCAUCAUUGGCAAAGAGGGUGCUACCAUCCGCAAUAUCACCAAACAGACACGCUCGAAAAUUGACAUCCAUCGUAAGGAAAAUGCAGGAGCCGCAGAGAAACCCAUAACAGUCCAUUCAACUCCAGAGGGCUGUAGCUCUGCCUGCAGGAGCAUCAUGGAGAUCAUGCAGAAGGAGGCCAUGGACACAAAAAUCACUGAGGAGAUUCCUCUUAAGAUCUUGGCUCAUAAUAACUUUGUGGGGCGUCUAAUUGGAAAAGAAGGACGCAAUCUGAAAAAAAUUGAACAAGACACAGGGACCAAAAUCACCAUCUCCCCUCUCCAGGACCUGACUCUUUAUAACCCUGAGCGAACAAUCACAGUGAAGGGCUCAAUAGAGGCAUGCACCAGAGCUGAAGAGGAGGUCAUGAAGAAAAUUCGAGAGGCUUACGAGAACGACGUGGCUGCCAUGAACCUCCAAUCUAAUCUUAUUCCUGGCCUGAAUUUGAAUGCUCUGGGUCUUUUCCCGGGUGGGACAUCGGGAGCAAUCUCCCCCUCUAUGGCACCAGGACCUCUGUCUGGAGCACAAGCUGGAUACCCUUCGUUUGGGUGCAGUGUGUUUCAGACUGAGGUUCCGCUUUGGUCCUUCAGCAGUAGCCAGUCUCUCUCUGUAAUCGCUUUUUCACAGCAGCCCGAGUCUGAGACGGUGCAUCUCUUUAUCCCUGCGCUGGCGGUGGGCGCCAUCAUUGGGAAGCAGGGCCAGCAUAUAAAGCAGCUCAGCCGCUUUGCUGGUGCAUCGAUAAAAAUUGCACCAGCUGAUGGGAUGGAUGCCAAGCAGAGAAUGGUCAUUAUUUCAGGACCACCAGAGGCCCAGUUCAAGGCUCAGGGACGUAUCUUUGGAAAGCUGAAGGAAGAGAACUUUUUUGGGCCAAAGGAAGAAGUCAAACUAGAAGCUCACAUUAAAGUGCCAUCGUUUGCUGCCGGCAGGGUCAUUGGUAAAGGGGGUAAAACGGUGAAUGAACUUCAGAACCUAACCAGUGCGGAGGUGGUUGUCCCCCGUGAUCAGACUCCAGAUGAAAACGACCAAGUGGUAGUGAAGAUAACUGGCCACUUCUAUGCAAGCCAGCUAGCUCAGCGAAAGAUUCAGGAAAUCCUCUCACAGGUGAGGCGGCAGCAGCCCAAAGCUUCACCUACUGGGGCUCCAAUACCACGGAGGAAAUAAUUUCCCCAGCGCGUGGUGAUUAAGAGGAGAAGCGGGGCGAAAUGGGACGUGCCCAUCUCUAGAGUUCACCUCACCCACCUCCUGCCAUUUAUAUGAGAAUCUAUUUUCUGAACACGAAAGAACACGGCUACGAAAACUAUUCCUCCCCUUCACUGCCGUAGUGUGGUACCUGCACAAUGCUAUUUUUUUCCCCUCUUGUAUUUUCACCUUUAACUUUGUGCAUUUUUGUUUAUAGGUUUUGAGUUUUUCAUGUAAAAGUCAAGGCAUUGCUCUCCUAGCCUGGCUAGGGGUGGGGUAAUAAAAGCUCUGGGUAUGGGAUGGGACUGGAAGCGGUAGAAUAUUUUGUCCCAGUAUUACUAAUGGCAUUUUAGAAAUUCAGAUGCGUUUUAUGAGGAAAAGAAUUAUGUAGAAUAUGAGAUGAAAUAUGAAAGGAGGCAGAACUGCACUGCCACUAACGAUCUACAGGAAGUGUUUAUCGGCAUUAGCCAGGAAACCGAGUUAAUAUGCAUUUUUACUGAUCUACCUCAGGCUAGAGUACCUCAGAGAAAAAAAAAGAAGUAAAUGAUAAAUGAAGAUUUUUUUUUUAUUAUUAUUAAUUCUUAUUUUGCUUUGUGGUAUUUUGUAUACUUUAUAAAACCUAAUAGUUCUUGAACAUUAUUUUUUUAAGAAAAAGUAAGCCUUCUGUUAACGCGAGUCCCUUACGCCCCACUUUUUUUUACGAUGCAGACCGUCAACUGUACAUAAGAAUGUCUGCACAUGUAGGUAAGUGUGAGGUUUAAGGGGCUUUGCUGUUUGCAGAUAAGAAUAUCGUAAAGCGCCUUGGUGUUGCUGAGGAGCUGCCAUCUUCUGGGGAUUAAAAAAAAUUAAAAAAAUUAAAAAAUGAUGUAUUUGCCGAAGAAUGCAGAGAGUACAUACUGCAGCGAUGCUAUUUAGUUUAUCAAUUAUAUGAAUAAGAUAUUUGGCAGGUGCAUUUUCCCCACAAACGUUAAGUUAGCAUUCAGGGAUUAGCUUCAGCGUUCAGGGAUCAUGUUAAUUCCUGCUGUAACACACUGAUGCGCCUUCAACAGAUUAUCACAGCCCAGCCCUUUGUGGCACGUGUGCAUUUAUUUUUCUUUUCCCAUUAUUGACCUUAUUUCUGGGCUGGUUUCCAUCACACCAGACUUUUCCACACUGCAGACACAUCUAUGCCGAGUGUCCAGCACUGCAUAGUGAGGGUUAGGGGGAGUCACUGUUUCAGAUACUUUUGAUCUUACAAUACUAAUGGAUGCGUCUUUAUAGCCAGCAGUAAAAAUGGAUGUGAAACUUUUUUUUUUAUUUUUUAUUCAAGAUUAGAAAUGCAAGAAAAAACAUAUUUUAGAAGAAAUAUGGAGAAAAACGAAACUUUUUUUUUUUUUUUUUUUCUUUUUCUUUUUUUCCCUCUUCAUGCGAAUGUAAAUACGAUUGUGGUAAAAGGGCAUGUUCAUGCUUCCACACUAGUAAUAAUGUCUACCUCAGCUGAUUCAAAGGUGGGUGGCGUUGAAGCUUGUGCCUCUGCUACCUUGUUAUAAAUCUGAUACCGAUACGUCGAGUCCCUCGUGCACACUCGUGUUCUGCUUUGGCUCAGUGUUUCGUGUCUUGCGUUCACAGGAGGGGCACAAAGUGAUGGUUUGUUUUGGUUUUUGUUUUUUUUUCCUUCUUACACUAUUGUUGAUCUACCUCUUGAACACAUUGAAUUAGAGGCAUAAUACUAUUUGUUAGAAUUUAGGGUCAAUUCUCAGUUCCUUUUCCCUACCAGAAAGAAAAUUAUGCUGUUAAAAAAAAAUGUAAAAAAAUAAAUAAAUAAAUUAAAUCCUGCAUUGUUUGACAAAUUAGUGAUUUUUUUUUUUAAUGUUUUCUUUUUGCUGCAUUGUGAACUGAUUACUGAUUUAAAUCCUCAAUGUGUUGCUUUUUCUGUUGUUUUUUUUUGUUUUGUUUUGUUUUGGAGAUCUGGCUUCCAUUUAUUUUUAUUUUUUUUUGUUUUCCCUCUCUCAUGCAUAGUUAUUAGCAAGACUUUGUUCAUUUGGGAUUUGAUCAAUAACCCAGAAAUUUUUUUUUGUCUUUUUCUUUCUGUAUUCUUUAAAAUAGACUCCCAUUCUGAUUUAUGAACUUCAAACGAGUCAAAUGUUUUCGCUCUUACUUGCAUAAAACGAUGCUACCGUUUCUUUCUAAUAUACGAUUUCUUGGCUGUCUUGUGUGGUGAGUCAUGUUUCAGUGGGAAUGUGAUGUGGAGUUUACAGAAAGUGGUCCAAUUUCAGCAUGAGCCACAAACCUCCCCAACCGUGCUUGUGCCCUCACACACUUCCACUUGUCAAAUGCCUCUGAGGAAAUUGAAUAAAAGAAGGCAUGUUGGCUCCUAGAAACUGGGUGUGAGAUUAUUUAUGCCUAUACACUACACAUUGUUUUCAUAUAUUAAAUCUAGGUAUAUUUUCAAUAACUCUAAUAAUCAUGUCUUUGUGCAUCUGGCAUUGUGCAGAUUUAGAAUAGAUAUUAUUGAGGACCCCCAAAAUCCUAUAUCACUUUGCUAAUCGUGUCCACUGAAAUUGUCAAAAAAAAAUAAAGUGCAUUCAUUUA